UCAUGGGACCCCGGCGUCCAGCGCUGCUUCUGGGUCUCGCCGCGUUCCUGGCCGCGUGCGCCAGGACCCUGUGCGUCGUCCUGCCCCUCAGCGGAGACUGGAGGGUGUACAAUCGAAAUAAAUCGUACCACUUCUCCGGUGUGGUCCCUGGCAACGUGUAUACAGACCUGAUGCGCGCCAAGCUCAUCGGCGACGCCUACUACCGCGACAACGACGAGCGCUUCGCCUGGGUCGGCCACGACAACUGGACGUACACGAGGGACUUCCAGCUGAAAGAGGAGCAGACGCAGCACCGCCGGAUUUUGCUCGUUGCUCACGGUAUCGACACUGUGGCCACUGUCUACGUGAACGAUGUGCCCGUGGGAGACACAGACAACAUGUUUGUGCGCUACGUGUUCGACAUCAAACAGCAUAUCAAGGUGGGUUACAACAACGUGAGCGUCGAGUUCACCUCAGCCGUGGCGCAUGCGCGCGAACGUGCGCGCGUGUUCAGCAAGGGCCAUCAAGUGCCGCCCGAGUGCCCGCCUGUGCGCCAGCGCGGUGAAUGCAGCGUGAACCAAGUGCGCAAGGCGCAGGCUUCCUUCAGUUGGGAGAUGGCACCGGCGUUCCCCACGCAGGGAAUCUGGAAGGACAUUGUCAUCGAGAUGUACGACGGCCUCGUCAUACGUGACAUGGUAGUCAGAACUCGACGGCUUGGCUCGCAAAACAGCGGGGAAAGGCCGAGAAGAUGGUCGCUGGACGUGGGCCUGUUCCUCGAAGUAGCGUUCAGUGGAAAGACACGACUGCUACUCAGUUUGGUGCUCGACGAGCGCCUGACCGUGAAGAAGAACAUAUCGGUGUCCGCGAACAACCAGCUCGGCGCGCACUACAGAUUCCGGCUACGAAUACCAGAGAACCUGGCCAUCGAGCCCUGGUGGCCCAACGGGUACGGAGGACACCGGUUGUACACCCUGUCCGUCUCCUUGUCUCUGGGCAGUGACACCGCCACCAUCACCAGGAGCAUCGGUUUUCGCACAGUGGACCUGAUACAGGAACCGCUCGUGAAUAGCACGGGCUACCUUGAAAUAGAGAUCUAA